AAGGAGAUGGCAAAGCUGAUUGAUGGCAAAGCUAUUGCUGCAACUAUUCGAGAAGAAAUAAGGGUAGAAGUUAGAAAGAUAGAAGCGUCCGUUGGUAAAGUCCCGGGACUUGCCACGGUACUAGUAGGGAAUAGAACAGACUCUACCACUUAUGUUCGAAUGAAACGAAAGGCUUGUGAAGAAGUCGGUAUUGAAUCGUUUCACGUAGAACUUCCAGAAUCCGUCUCCGAAGAAGAGCUUUUGAACUGUGUCGAGAGGUUCAACGCAGAUCCAGCUGUUCACGGAAUAUUGGUUCAACUUCCACUUCCGAAGCAUAUCGACGAGGAGAGAAUUCUUUCAGCCAUAUCUGUUGAAAAGGAUGUGGAUGGUUUCCACCCGUUGAAUAUUGGAAGACUGGCCAUGAAGUCAAGAACUCCCCGGUUUGUGCCUUGCACUCCGAGAGGUUGCAUUGAGUUAUUGGUUCGAAGUAACGUCAACAUCGAAGGGAAGUGUGCCGUUGUGUUGGGAAGAAGUAACAUAGUAGGGUUGCCGGUCUCCUUGUUACUUUUGCACCGUAACGCUACAGUCAUUAUUUGUCAUUCCAAGACCCAGGAAUUGCCAUCUGUCUGCCGUCAAGGCGAUAUUCUGAUUGCUGCAGUAGGACGUGCCAAUAUGGUGAAGAGAGACUGGAUAAAGCCCGGUGCCGUAGUUAUCGAUGUCGGUAUUAACUCGAUUCCCGAUGCUUCCAAGAAAAGUGGGUAUCGACUGGUUGGUGAUGUUGAUUUUGAUGAUUGUAAGGAUGUUUGUGGCAUGAUAACACCGGUUCCUGGUGGGACUGGUCCAAUGACUAUUGCCAUGUUGUUGAGAAAUUGUUGUGAUAGUGCCAAAGAGGCAUUCGGUCUCUCGUAAAUGAAAUGAGACUUCACCCUUGUCUCGGAAACUUGAUUGCGAUGCAUUAUAUACG